AUGUACUUUACACCAGUAAAGCGACUAUUCAUCCGAAUCGAAGCAGGACGGGCACUGGGAAAGCGUCGUCGGGGAGAAGAGAUAGAAACCCAGGAUUUAGGGCCCAAGAAGGUGACAGGUGCAACAUCGAGGAAUCCAGUGGCAACAAAGCAUGCUCAUGGCUCAGCGUCCGCUUCCAUUCCUGGAGCUCCUCGGAUCGCUUUGCAGCACGAAGAUUGUUCCGAGGAUGCAAUCGUCAUCACCGCCCUGGACAAGAUACCCUUCUGUUGUCAUGAAGAUCUCUUGACGAUGUCUAGGGAGAAACUUGAGGAAGUCGCAGCUUCACUGAAUGCCAAAUUACCAGAGUCAAUGAGGAUUGACGUCGCGCUACUUCGCACCGACAGAGAAAUACGCAAGGACAUCGAGGUAGCCGUAGGCAUCACAAAGAACGUACCUGGAGCACCUAAAGCGAACAAGAGAAGGGCCAACGCCACACCUACGCGGAAUGACAAGCACGUAGAAUCGGUGACGCCGCUCAGCAGCCCCCUGGCGAGCAGAAGUAGGAUAUACGGGGUUUACACUCCUAGCCCUGGACUUGGGCCACUAGAUGAGGCUGACGAAGAGGACUUUAGUCAAGAAAGACAAAGCAAACGUCGCAAAGUCGCCGCAACGAACACCUUUAGGAACGAAAUCGACGACGUCUUCACUUCUAUGGGCAGCAAUAGGCUUCACCCGAGGGAACUGCAGAAUAUAUUCAGCGCGUCGCCAUUAAGGGCACACCCAACUCAGUUGACGCCGUACCAUAAUCUAGUCCGGGCACCCUCGGCGCAGCCGAGGAGGAAACAUCGACCGACGAGCCAGCUUGUGACAAGUUCGUCUGUUGCAGCGCAAAACAGUCUCUUGACGCCCAUCCAAACAUCGACGCCUCGGAAGUCACGAAGCCCGCUAAGAGGUUCACCUUUGCGGUCGCCUCUCCGUUUCCCUCGGGGAAACACCAAGGACGUGUCAGUGGAGGACGACCCAGACGCCAUAGCCUUGAUGUCCGGUAUGUACGGUAUGAGGAUGUGUGAAUCGUACGAUGGGGACUUCUUGGAUAUGGACAUUGAUACUUGA